UAAAUUAGUAAAAAAAGAAAAAAAAGAAAUCGAAUUACAAACAAAACACCAUAGCAGCAGAAGAAGAAGAGAGAGAGAAAUUGCUUUGCAGGCUGUAAAUACGCAUCAAAAUCCCUAUUUUUCUUCUUCUUCUUCGUCUUCCUAGUUUUUCUCUCCCUUUCUCUGCUCCCCCUGAACCAUCGGAGGAGGAGUACCAGAGAAAUUCAAGGUCUCAAUCCCACGUUUCCUCCGAUUUUCUAGAGAGAGAAAGACCAAGACACCGAUCUCAGCGGUGAACGCCUUAAAAAGGUUAGUGAGUGCCUUAGAAAAUGGGAACGCUUCAGACUUGGCGGAAAGCUUAUGGUGCUCUUAAGGAUACCACUAAAGUCGGACUCGCUCAUGUCAAUAGCGAUUAUGCGGAUUUGGAUGUUGCCAUAGUCAAAGCUACAAACCACGUUGAGUGCCCACCCAAAGAGAGACAUCUCAGAAAGAUUUUGAUAGCCACUUCUGCAAUUCGUCCACGGGCUGAUGUUGCUUAUUGUAUUCGUGCACUUUCCAGAAGAUUGACCAAAACUCACAAUUGGACGGUGGCAUUGAAAACUUUAAUAGUCAUCCAUAGGACAUUGAGAGAGGGUGACCCUACUUUCAGAGAGGAACUUGUAAAUUUCUCCCAAAGAGCACGAAUUCUUCAACUUUCUAAUUUCAAGGAUGAUUCAAGCCCGAUAGCCUGGGAUUGCUCUGCUUGGGUGCGUACUUACGCAUUAUUUUUGGAGGAGCGGCUUGAAUGUUUCAGGGUUUUGAAGUAUGACAUUGAAGCUGAACGUUUACCAAGGCCUGCUCAGGGACAGGAGAAGCAGGGAUAUGGCAGGACCAGAGAGUUGGACAGUGAAGAACUGUUGGAGCAAUUGCCAGCGUUGCAGCAGCUGCUCUAUCGUCUUAUUGGUUGCCGGCCUGAAGGAGCAGCUGUUCACAAUUAUGUUAUACAAUAUGCCCUUGCUCUGGUGCUUAAAGAGAGCUUUAAAAUUUAUUGUGCUGUAAAUGAUGGAAUAAUUAAUCUUGUUGAUAAGUUUUUUGAGAUGCCAAGACAUGAAGCUGUCAAGGCCCUUGAUAUCUAUAAGCGAGCUGGCCAGCAGGCUUCCAACCUCUCUGAUUUUUAUGAAGUUUGCAAAGGACUUGAGCUUGCUAGGAAUUUCCAGUUCCCUGUUUUGAGAGAGCCUCCACAAUCCUUUCUUAAUACGAUGGAAGAGUAUAUUAGGGAGGCACCUCGUGUGGUCAGUGUUCCAACUGAGCCAUUGCUUCAGUUAACAUACAAACCAGACGAAGGUUCUUCCGAAGAAAACCAAUUACCAAGCGAUGAACCUGCACCACCACCUUCAGAUAUUGUGUCUGAUGUCGAGACUGCAGCAGCACCAACUCCACCUCCACCACCUCCUCCUCAAAGCAACACAGACACUGGAGAUUUACUGGGUUUAGGGUUUGAUGCUCCUGAUGUAUCUGUAAUUGAGGACAGAAAUGCAUUGGCCCUAGCCAUUGUAACAUCUGAAGCCAAUUCCGCUCCCACAUUCAAUUCUGGCACUGUUGUAUCAAAAGAUUUUGAUCCCACUGGAUGGGAACUCGCUUUAGUAACCACUCCAGGCACCGACAUUUCAGCACCUACCGAUAGACAAUUGGGUGGUGGAUUGGAUUCACUCACUCUGAACAGUUUGUAUGAAGAAGGAGCAUACCGAGCUUCUCAGCAACCCGUAUAUGGAGCGCCAGCACCGAAUCCAUUCGAGACACAAGAUCCAUUUGCCAUGUCAAACAACAUUGCUGCGCCUCAUUCAGUUCAGAUGGCAGCAAUGACACAACAUCACCAACCCAACCCCUUUGGCCCUUACCAACCUACAUACCAACAACAACCGCAACCACAACCGCCACAACAGCAAAAUUUGUUAAUGGGUCCGUCAAACCCUUUCGGCGAUGCAGGAUUUGGGGCAUUUCCCGCGAACCCUGCUUCACACCCACAAAAUAACAACCCAUUUGGAGCCACAGGCCUGCUGUAAUGAAACAUUUGUUCGAUAAACAUUCGGAAGAAAAGAGUAGAAAAGUGUAAAAUCUACUUGUGAAAUUGGUUUUGAGUGCACUUGACUUGUGGUGGUGUUAGUAUAGAUAAAAAAAAGGUGGGGAUUGGGUUUUGAUUUUGGCCAUGAGAGCUUUUUGGGCAAGAAAAUAACAUCAUUAUAAUGUUUGGUAUAAAAGCACUGAGUAGUAGUAAUUAGUUCAUACGAUUCAAUUAUCAUUUCUUUUUAUAAAUGUAAUUUUCAAAUCUAUAUUUUUUUUUCACUCUUAGAUGGCAACACACACACGUUUACAUA